AUGAAAGUACCUAAAGUUACUAGUAUAAUAUUAGUGAUAUUACUAACAUUAACAUUCUUAAAUUUUGCAUUGAAAUAUUAUACAUAUUUCGUAUUAAUGGUAUCCUCAACUAAGAAAGGUACUACUUCUACUUCUUCAGUCAAUGAACAACAAACAGGGGUAGAGGUACCUCAUCCUCAUGAAUUAUUUGUCCCAUUAUUAACAUUUAUACCAAGUAAGUCACCUGUAUUGUUAAGACCUUGGGUUAUUAUUACAAGUAGUUUUAUUGAAGAACAUUUCAUUGGAUUAUUUAGAAGUUUCUUAUUGAUCUUUUAUUUGGGUAAAUAUUUAGAAAAUAUAUGGGGGGCUAAAGAGUUUACUAAAUUCAUUAUGGUUAAUGUUAUUAUAACAAAUUUGAUAUUAUAUGGUUAUUAUACUGGUAAAUCAUUAUUGAUAGAUACAUCUAAUAAUGUCCCCCCAGUGGUUAUAAGUGCAAUGGCUAUAAAUAUGGGUUUAUUCGUUGCUAUCAAACAAAGAAUCCCUAAUCAUUUCUUUAUAUUCUUUAAAGGAAAUUUUCGAAUUAAAGUUAGAUAUGUUCCAUUUAUUGCAUUUGUUGUUUCAUUUAUAUUACAAUUAUUAAGUGAACAAUUUUAUAUUGAAUAUUUAAUGUCAAUCAUUGGUUUCAUAAUAAGUUGGUCAUAUUUACGAUUCUUUAAACUGGGUGCAAAUGAAAGACAAUCUUAUAUCCUUCCUUAUUCAUUAAGUAAUAGAAAUAGAUCAACUAGAAAGAAAAGUCCUUCAAUUAGUACAUCUUCCCCUGGGCCACAAAUUGGAUCUUCUUCUUAUUCUGGCCACCAUUCAGAAUAUCAUCCAAUAAUAACAGAUGCAACAGCCACUUUAUCUUCUACUCCACCAAUUACAUUCCAAGUAGUGGAUACCAAUAAUAGUGCUAAGGGGGAUAGAUCAGAACAAUUUUCAAUAUAUACCUUCUUCCCCUAUCCAAUCUCAUUCAUCAUCAAAAUAUUAUCAAAUAUAAUAGUCAAAUCAUUAAUUCAUUAUCAAUUAUUAGAUGCAAACACAUUUGAUAACACUAUAGACGGAGAUGAAGAUGAAGACGACCCUGCAUAUGAUGACGUUUCAAAUCUUAAAACUAAUUUAUUUGGACUUUCUCAAUUAAAAGGUGCAGCUGGUGAAGUUAGUGCUAUACCUCAUUCAAAUUUAAAAAAAAUAUGGAAUUGGGUUAUAUCAAAACCAAAUGGUGUUGAUAUGGGUAUAAAGACUAGUAUGGAUAAAAGAAGAAAAUUGGCUUUAAAAGAAUUAGAAUAG